UUAAUGCUCUCUUUCUCUCUCAAAACUGUGCAUCACGUUUUUCUUUAUCUUGUUUUGACGUGUACCAGUGAUGUGUUAGAGAGUACAUGAUUCCCACAUGUUCAUGUUCAUCUUCUUGUUUGAAUUUUCUCAUUUGAUAUUAUUGGCCAUCAGUCUCCAGCCAGUCUCCCCUGUCCUCACCAAACUCAUUUACUGUUUAAAGAUUUUUCUUUUUGUGUGUGCAUGUUCAUACAUCUAUAUUUCUAGUUUGUUGCUUCUCUUGCUGUAAGUUACACUAGUAUCUCUUCAAUACAUCAAGAAACAUAACCCACUUGGUCAUUUUUUCAGCUCACCGCUUCUUGAAUCCACUCUUUCUACUCUCUUCUUCAUUAAUUAGAAUUCAGGCUUUUGAAAGCUUAAAUUUUAGGGGAAGGUAGAGUCCCCACUGCGAAGGUCUUCGUGUGCGCGCGCGCGCGCGCGUAAGUGAGUGGAGAUAUGAAAGAGCUUGUGAUCCUCCGACUGUUCGUUUCUAUAUGGGUAAUUGUCAAUGGUUUCGUGUGCUGCCAAAGACCUGCUGUUGUAAAUAUAGGUGCAAUUUUCACCUUUGAUUCGGUUAUUGGUAAAGCUGCAAAGCCAGCCAUGGAGGCUGCACUGUCUGAUGUUAACAAUGAUAGCAGAAUUCGGACUAAACUGAAUUUGCUCAUGGAUGAUGUAAAUUCUAGUGUGUUUUUAGGGAGUAUUGACGCUUUUCAGCUAGUUGAGAAAGAAGUGGUGGCCAUAAUAGGCCCUCAGGUUUCUGGAAUAGCCCAUAUGAUUUCUUCAAUUGCCAAUGGUCUCCAAGUGCCUCUUAUAUCAUAUGCUGCCACUGAUCCAACUCUAUCUGCCCUCCAAUUCCCCUUUUUCGUAAGAACUACUCAAAGCGACUCCUAUCAGAUGGCUGCAAUGGCUGAUUUAGUUGACUUUUUCAGGUGGAAAGAGGUCAUCGUUGUUGGGGUUGACGAUGAUUAUGGGCGGAAUGGGAUAGCUGCUUUGGAAGAAGAGCUUAACAAGAAAAUGGCAAAAAUUUCAUACAAGUUGAUGUUGUGUAACCAACUUGAUGAAAGUGAGGUCAUGGACAAACUCAGCAAAUCUAAAUUGCUUGGGUCUCGUGUUUAUGUUGUUCAUGUUAAUCCAGACCCCAAAUUGAGAAUCUUUACCGUUGCCCAAAAACUUCAAAUGAUGACCGACACUUACACAUGGCUUGCAACAGAUUGGCUUUCUGCUACCUUAGAUUCGUUCCCUCCGACGAAGAAAACUUCACUUGGUUUCCUUCAAGGGGUAGUUGGGUUUCGUCAGCAUACCCCAGAAUCCAGCCAGAAGAGAGCUUUCAUGUCUAGGUGGAAGAGAAUGCAGCAAAAAGGGUCAGCAAGUUCUGAGUUGAAUACCUAUGGACUUCAAGCUUAUGAUACAGUAUGGUUAGUUGCAUAUGCCAUUGAUAGGUUCCUUGAUGAACACAAAAACAUCACAUUUUCUCCCAAUAGCAAGAUACUUCAUAUGAAAAUAUCCGGAUUGCAGAUUGAGAAGCUCAAAGUCUUCACUGGUGGAAAUGAUUUGCGUGACAUUGUAUUGCAGACAAACUUCACUGGUCUAAGUGGUCAGAUUCAGUUUAAUCAAGACCGAAACGUUUUCAGUGGUGGCUAUGAUGUCCUUAACAUCGACGGGGUGUCUAUUCGUACAGUGGGUUACUGGUCUAAUGCUGCAGGUUUCUCAGUUUCACCCCCAGAUGCUCGGAAAGGGAAACAAGAUAGCAAUUGUUGCCUAGACCAGAGGCUUCACAAUAUUACCUGGCCUGGUGGAAAGUCUAAAACGCCACGUGGUUGGGUAAUUGCUGUGGAUGAAAGGCCAUUGCGAAUUGGAGUGCCAAACAGAGCCAGUUUCACUGAUUUUGUUACUGAAGUACAUGUAAGCCAUAAAAUCAAAGGAUAUUGCAUCGAUGUGUUCCUCACGGCACUGGAACUAGUCCCAUAUCAUGUACCUUACAUGUUCCAGCCUUUUGGGAAUGGUCGGUCCAACCCCAAAUACGACGAUCUUGUAAAAAUGGUGGCGGCAGAUGUGUUUGAUGCAGCUGUUGGGGACAUUGCUAUCGUGACAAACAGAACAAAGAUAGUGGAUUUCUCUCAGCCUUAUGCAUCUACUGGUCUUGUCAUCGUGGCUCCAAUCCGCAAUUCAAAAUCAAGUGCUUGGGUAUUUCUUAAACCAUUUACAGCGGAGAUGUGGUGUGUCACAGCAGCUUCGUUUGUGAUAAUUGCAGUGGUUAUCUGGGUUCUUGAGCAUCGUGUAAACGAUGAUUUCAGGGGUCCUCCUAGAAGACAACUUGUGACGAUGUUCAUGUUCAGCUUCUCAACUCUGUUCAAAACAAAUAAAGAAACUACUGAAAGUCCACUUGGAAAGCUGGUGAUGGUGGUAUGGCUUUUCCUUUUGAUGGUGAUAACAGCGAGCUACACUGCAAGCUUGACUUCAAUCCUUACAAUUCAGCAGCUUUCAUCACCAAUCACCGGAAUUGAAAGCUUGAUUGCAAGCCAUUGGCCCAUUGGAUACCAAACAGGCUCAUUUGCUUAUAACUAUUUAUCAGAGACUCUUUACAUAGCUCGUUCAAGACUUGUUCCUUUAGGCUCCCCAGAAGAGUAUGAAAGUGCAUUGCGGCGAGGGCCAGGUGACGGAGGGGUGGCAGCUAUUGUAGAUGAGCUUCCAUAUGUAGAGUUGUUUCUUUCAAGCCAAAAGGAUUUUGGGAUCAUUGGGCAACCAUUUACCCGGGGUGGAUGGGGAUUUGCUUUUCAAAGGGAAAAUCCACUUGCUCUUGAUAUCUCUACAGCAAUUUUGAAACUUUCUGAGAAUGGGGAGCUGCAAAAGAUCUAUGAGAAAUGGUUCUGUAAGAUGGGAUGUCAUGGAGAGAAAAAACACGGCAACGAGCCUAAUCAACUCAACCUGAGUAGCUUCUGGGGUCUAUACAUUCUAUGUGGUGCCUUCGCUCUCAUUGCCCUUGUUGUGUUUCUGCUACGAAUGGUUCGCCAAUUUGUGCGCUAUAAACGUAGACAGUUGCGCUCUUCCUCUCCGUCCUCAAUUUCAUCAAGCACUCGCUGUUCUCAUGUCAUCUAUCAUUUUUUUGAUUUCAUCGAUGAGAAAGAAGAAGCUAUCAAGAAAAUGUUUAAUCAGUGUGAGCAUCCUCACCCUCAGGCUAACCCAUAGACACGCAUGUCCAUUUCAAGGAAAUUGAAGGAUCUGCCAUUGGUGCCAUUUGAAGAGCUUGCUAUUGAAUAGAAUUUAGUCCCUGUACAUAAGCAUUAUAUUAUAUAUGUCAAUUAGAAGUUGGGAACUAUAUAUGCCUGUAAAACAGUAGACUCUGCAACUCCGAAUAAAAAUUUCUCCUUUCCCUUGUA